GGGUGCGAGCUACCAGGCGGCCUCUCGCUCAGCCAGCUGGGGGGUCCGCUCGGCGGCAGGCGUCCGACCUGACGAGCCUGCGGGUUGGAGGCGCAGAGCGUCGGCGCAGGGCGGCUGGGAGAAGCGCAGGAGGGCCGGGCAGGGGUCGGGGUCGGGGUUACGGUUAGGGUUAGCAGCGAGGUCAAUCCCAGGAAGGAUGAUGUGGCCCAAUUUUUUCCUCCAGGAGCAGGAGCGCAUGGCUGGCUUGCGGGGCCGGGCGGGCAGCAAGCGGCGCCCGGCCCUCACCGACGCCCAGGAAGGGAAGAUCAAGCUGGCCUUCUUCGUGGCCAUCGUGGGGGUGACGCUGAGCGUGCUGGCCGUGGGCACCGAGUUCUGGGUAGAGCUCAACACCUACAAGCAGAACCACAGCACCAUGUGCGAGGCCGCCCACUUCGGCCUCUGGAAGUUCUGCUCCAAGAAGCUCUGGGUGGAGGACGUUGAGGUGGAGAGGGCGACCUGCGGCCCGGCCGAGCUGCCUGGAGAAGCCAACUGCUCCUACUUCAAAUUCCUCAGCACGGGGGACAACGCCCGCAUUUUCCAGAGAACGACGAAAAAAGAGCUGAACAUCGCGGCGGCCGUGAUCUCUCUGCUGAGCAUCACCCUGAUGGUGCUGGGCUCCCUCUGCAUCACCAUGGCGCUGAGCAAAGGGGUGGAGUCCCUGCUCAAACCGGCCUCCUGCUUCUUCCUGAUCUCCGGGAUCAUGGUGCUGAUCAGCCUGGAGGUUUUCCGCCACUCGGUGCGGUGGCUCAUUGACAGCGACCAGAGCGUGCCGCUGGAGUACGAGUACUCAUGGUCCGUGGCCUGCGCCGUGGCCGCCGGCGCCGUGCUGAUCUUCGGCGGUGGCUGCUUCAUCCUCCUCUCCCUCCCAGGCCUGCCCAAGAAGCUCUGGCAAUGCUGCAUUCGGAGCACCGCCACCAGCAGUGCCUGAUGGACAUGAUCCUGGGGGGCCCUGAGCCAGAGUCUGGGGGUGGCGGGGUCACAGAGAAACUAUUUCUUUAUGCCCCACCUGGGGGGGCACCCUGCCUCAGAUCAGCCCCCCCACCCCCACCUACCAAUGAACCUCUGGGGAUUUUACUGUUGGAAGGGAAGGGGCCGGAACAUGGGAUAUUAAGAAAGAGGGUGGCAUGAUAACGAGAUGGGUGGGGGGGAGGCGGAGGGAUCAAAUUAAUAACCUCAGCAGGUCUGUAUUUAAUCCUGGGUUUUAUAAAUGGCUAUUUUUAGCUGGAGGGGGUGUCUUUCUGAUCUCAGUCCUCCCCUCCUGGGGUCAAUCCAGAGUCACUCUCAAUUGCAAUGGGAGCAGGGCUGAGUUCUGAUCUCAGCCCUCUGGGGUCAAUCUGGAGUCACCCCCAAAUGCAAUGGUGGCGUGGCUGGGUGCUGAUCUCAGCUCCUGAUGUCAAUUCGGAGUCACCCCCUGACUGCACUGGGGGCAGGGCCGGGUUCUGAUUUCAGCUCCUGGUGUCAAUCCAGAGUCACUCCCAGUUGCAAUGGGGGCAGGGCCAAGUUCUGAUCUCAGCUCCUGGCAGCAAUCCAGAGUCACUCCUGACUGCAAUGGGGGCAGGGCCAGAUUCUGAUUUUAGCUUCCCAGGGUGUCAAUCCAGAGUCCAGAUUUACCCUGUGUAAACCAAGCUCAGAAUUCAGGCCGCGUUAGGAAUUAAGAACCGGCUCUUGGUGCGAAGGUUGCUCAAGAGCCAUUGACUUUGUUUUCCAGACUGAAAAUCACGUCCCUCAGUUCCACCAGGUUGGAAGGAGGGGGGAAUUGACAAAGACGCCUCUGUUUCAGAUCUCCUCUGGGCCGUGUGUGCCCUGCCCCGUGGGCUCUGCAUGGGGCCCCCUCGAUGGCCCACACUGUGCUGGGCAGCAUUUUUGGUGCUGCCCCCAAAGUGGCGACUGGUGAUAUUUUUCAGUCUGCCCAAGACAGGAGCCAUCUCCCCAGCCCCCCGUCGGUCGGGCCGCUCGGCCCCAGCCUGGGCAUUAGACCUGGGCUGGUUGCUGUUGCUGCAGGCAACAUGAGCCGGAUGCAUUUGGGUGGGUCGUGGCUUUGCUUGAGGGCGCUUUGGGCGAAAG